AAUUUGUUUUUAUUUAAUCAUCAAUUGUUGAUGGAUAAUAACAUCAGUUCUAAAGUGUACUAAAAACAUCGACAGUUUACUUAUACCGGUCCUCUGUAGAUAGAUAACAAACAGAACAUAUUAUAUUAGUGUGUCAUUUUAAGUUAUUUUUACUUAAAAAAACAGUGAGAAAACAUGGGUUCUGUAGGACGCUUUGUGGCUUUUUCUGGACUGCUUGUUAUAGCCUAUUUUUUCCUGAAAUCCUCUAAAAUUCCACCGGUACCAACAAUUGAGGAAACGUGGUGGGGUCCCGGAAGUCCAAAAAAAGAAGAUGCUACCAUCAAGCCCUUCAAAAUCAACGUUCCAGAUGAGGUUAUUGCUGAUCUCGAAAAUCGAUUAAAUACAGCACUACCAUUUCAAGAACCUCUGGAAGAUGCCAAACAACACUAUGGAAUCAACACGAAACUUCUGACCACCAUCGUGGACUACUGGAAAACGAAAUAUAACUGGAAAAAGCGCCAGGAAUUCUUGAACCAAUUUCCUCAAUAUCAAACUCAAAUCCAGGGUCUUAACAUACACUUCCUUCAUGUUAAACCCAAAAAUGUCCCUCAAGGUGUCGAAGUACUGCCUCUGUUGCUUUUACAUGGAUGGCCAGGGUCCGUACGAGAGUUUUAUGAAAUUAUACCCAUUCUGACAACGCCGCAAAAAGGAAAAGACUUUGUCUUCGAGGUUAUAGCGCCUUCAUUGCCAGGUUAUGGAUUCUCGGAUGGGGCUUCCAAACAAGGACUGCACGCAGGCGUAAUGGGACAGAUAUUUGAUAAAUUGAUGCGCAGACUGAAAUUUUCCAAGUACUACCUGCAAGGAGGUGACUGGGGAUCAUUGAUAGCCCAGGACAUGUCAGUCCUCUAUGCGGACCGUGUUAUUGGCGUACACUCAAAUAUGUGCAACACUCAGAACGCUUUAGGAAACUUGCAGCUCUUCGUAGGAGCUUGGUUUCCAUCGCUGGCAUUGGACAAAACUGAAGCUGAAAGGAACACUCCUUUGUCAAGUUUCUAUGGCAAUAUCUUGCUGGAAAGCGGAUACAUGCACUUGCAGGCAACCAAACCAGACACUGUAGGUGUGGCCUUAAGUGACAGUCCGGUCGGUUUGGCUGCCUAUAUAAUAGAAAAAUUCACCACGUGGACAAAUCCAGCUUGGAAAGACCUGGAAGAUGGUGGUCUGACCAAGAAGUAUACUCUGGACAAGCUUCUUGACAACGUCAUGAUCUACUGGGUGUCCAGAUCGAUCACUACCUCUGUGAGGUUGUAUUUGGAGAAUUUCAGUGCGACAAGAAGAAACUUAGACUUAGAUUCUAUCCCCAUAACUGUGCCCAGCGGUUGCAGUCGUUUCAAGCACGAACUUAUCUAUCCCAUAAAGGCAGUACUGAAAGGAAGGUACAAGCAACUUAUCUCUGUGGAUGACCACGACGACGGUGGACACUUUGCUGCCUUCGAGUUGCCGGAAGUACUUGCCAAGGACGUGUUUAAUUUUGUACAAAAAGUCAGAGCAUUACCCAAACAAAAACAGGAGUUGUAAAAA